UAUUUUCGCAACACACAAAAUUACAAAAACAUAGUUAUCAAUUCUCACCAAAAUCACAACAAUAAAUAAACCAAACAUGUUACAUGAAUUCAACACAUUUAUGUACCAAUAAUAUUGUAACAUUUUUAUGAACUUUUUAUCUUAAACAUGGCUACUACAAUUGUUAAGCUUCAAGUUUUUCCAGAGUGUAAUUUGAAUAAGCAUAAGCUUAGAAAUGGAUUUGGUAGCUCAAAUUCUUCAUCUGGGGUGUUUGGUUUUGGACAAAAUUUUGGUGGGUUGUGUUUGAAAAAGUGUAGGGCUUUCAAGAGUGAAGAUGGUGGUGAUGUGAAGGAGAAAAAGUUGAGAAAUUUGAAGAAAAAUGAAGUGAAAGUUCAAAGGGAAAAUGGGUUUUGGAGUAAUUUUAGAAAUGUUUUGUUGGGAAAUUUUAUGAUGGGUUCUAAGUUGGAUGAUGAGUAUAGACAAGCUGUUGUUAGGGUUGAUGAAGUUCUAUCUAAGAUUGCUGUUCAGAUUGGGAGAUAUAUUGUGACCAUGAUGAGCACUGGUGUCAUCCUUGCAAUUGGAUUUCAGAUGUCAGGUGGAGAUAGUCAGAUGGAUGCACUGAUAUGGUAUAGUUGGCUUGGAGGAGUUAUCAUUGGGACAAUGAUAGGUGCUAACUGGGUGUUGGAGGAUUAUUGUCGCGAAGGUCCGCGUAAUGUUGUCAUAACUGGAAGUACGAGGGGAUUGGGGAAAGCUUUGGCGCGGGAGUUUCUUCUUUCGGGAGAUCGUGUGAUUGUUACUUCACGAAGCCCUGAGUCUGUGCAAGCAACUGUCAAAGAGCUUGAGGAAAAUCUAAAGGAAGGCAUUGCCAAUGCAGUUGGUUCAUCUUUGACAAAGCUUUCUCAAGCAAAAGUUGUAGGCAUUGCUUGUGAUGUUUGUGAGGCUAAUGAUGUUCAGAGAUUGGCAAACUUUGCUGUCAGCGAACUUGGUUAUAUUGACAUUUGGAUAAACAAUGCUGGAACAAAUAAAGGUUUUAGACCAUUGCUUCAAUUCAGCGAUGAAGAUAUCAAACAGAUUGUCUCGACAAAUUUGGUUGGUUCUAUCCUUUGUACCCGAGAAGCCAUGCGUAUUAUGAGAAACCAAACCAAGCCAGGCCACAUAUUUAAUAUGGACGGUGCAGGUUCUGGAGGCUCUAGCACACCUCUGACAGCCGUCUAUGGUUCUACAAAAUGCGGCCUUAGACAAUUUCAUGGAUCACUAUUGACGGAGUGCAAGCGAUCGAAAGUAGGUGUCCAUACUGCAUCUCCCGGCAUGGUUCUCACAGAACUUCUUUUAAGUGGUUCAACUAUUCAAAACAAGCAAAUGUUUAAUAUCAUAUGCGAGCUUCCUGAAACUGUUGCUAGAACAUUAGUUCCACGGAUGCGAGUCGUUAAGGGAACAGGCAAGGCCAUCAAUUACUUGACUCCUCCUAGAAUCUUGCUUGCCUUGGUCACCGCAUGGUUACGGCGAGGUCGCUGGUUUGAUGAUGAGGGAAGAGCAUUAUACUCAGCCGAAGCAGACCGACUAAGAAACUGGGCCGAAAACCGCGCACGGUUUUCCUUCACCGAUGCAAUGGAAAUGUACACAGAGAACACAUGGUUAUCAGUCUUCUCACUUUCAGUUGUUUGUGCAUUCAUAAUUCUUUCUAGCACUAGCAGCAAUUUGCCUGGAACAUAAUUACUGGAGAGGCAUGCAAUUUGUGCCUUAAAUCAUCAAAAACAAAAUAGAUCAAUGAACCUAAAACAUAAAACUAAGUGGAUCAUUUUUUCCAACAUGUCCACAUAAACUUCUUCAAACAGUUAUCUUUUAACAUUUUUUUUAGUUUGUAUAAUCUUUUGUGGUUUGUCUCUUGUGUAAGCUUCAUGUAUAGGUUUCCACGUGACACCAUGUAAUCAAGCAUUCCCCAUUGUGAUGCUUAUAGUUAUAGUAUUUUCUGUGUAAUGUAUAGUUUUCGUUAAAAUUGUAGACAUUAUAUGAAUUUUCAUACUUUCUGCCAAGUUUA